UGAGAAGGAAGUAUAUAUCUAGAAAAAAGGAAAACAAAAGAAAAGGGAAGAAGCGAAAAGUGGUCCCCGGUAUCGGGGAAGGCCCAACCGAGUGUCAGACGAUCAGCGAAGCAUGUCCAAUGAUCGGUAACUGAACAGUGAAGAUUGGCAAUCAAGUUGCAUAGAAGAGAUCACGCUAAUAACAUGCGUGCGGACACACGUACAGCCUCAGCUAUGGACGCAGGGGAUGUUCCUGUUUCGCCACGUGGAACCAUGAUAUUGAACGCUCCUCCUUCUGAAUGAGAACACAGAAAACUCUCUCUCUCUUCCCCCCUCUCUCCCUCACUAGUUUCUUGCCCUAAUAUUUCAGUUUUCUCGAGAAACAAACACCUCUCUACCUUGCUUUUAUUUAUUCAGCGAUUGGCACAAAAAUAAAAAUUAAAGGAAAAAAAAAAACAAAAACUAAGAGAAAGCAACGGUAAUGGCGGUAUCGGAGGAAGAAUGCUCGUCUGCCAAGUCACGAUCAUCGUCAUCGGCCUCCAGCAGUAAUCACUACUUGGCUAAGUGCGUCCUUAGAGGAAGCGUCGUUCUUCAGGUUGUUUAUGGUCACAUCCGCUCUCCAAGCUCGCUUGACGUCGUUUUUGGAAAGGAGAAUUCCAUAGAAUUGGUAAUAAUUGGUGAGGAUGGAAUAGUUCAAUCCGUAAGCGAACAGCCUGUGUUUGGUACAAUUAAAGACCUUGCCAUCUUACCCUGGAAUGACAAGUUCCGUUCUCGUAAUCCCCAGAUGCUGGGUAAAGACUUGUUGAUUGUUAUUUCUGAUUCUGGGAAGCUUUCGUUUCUCUCUUUUAGCAAUGAAAUGCACAGAUUCUUCCCAGUAACGCAAGUUCAACUUUCCAAUCCUGGAAACUCUAGGAAUCAGCUUGGAAGAAUGCUAGCUGUUGAUUCCAGUGGAUGUUUCAUUGCUGCUAGUGCUUAUGAAAACCGGUUGGCUAUGUUCUCUGUUUCAGUGUCUGCAGGCAGUGAUAUUAUUGAUAAGAAAAUAAUGUAUCCUUCCGAGAACGAAGCAGAUGUGAUUACCGCUAGAAGUGUCCAUAAAAACAGUAUAUCUGGUACUAUAUGGAGCAUGUGCUUUAUAUCGAAAGAUCCUAAUCAACCAAGUAAGGGGCAUGAUCCUGUACUUGCCAUUCUUUUAAAUAGGAGAGGAGCACUUCUUACUGAACUGCUAUUAUUGGGAUGGAAUAUUAGAGAUCAUUCUAUUUGUAUUCUGUCGCAGUAUGUUGAAGCUGGACCUUUCGCAUAUGAUGUUGCUGAAGUUCCUCAUUGUUAUGGGUUUGCCAUUAUCUUUAGGGUGGGUGAUGCUCUCAUUAUGAAUCUUAGAGAUGCUCAUGCACCUUGUUGUGUGUAUAGAACAAACUUAAAUUUUUCACCUAAUGCAGUUGAGGAGCAGAAUUUUGUGGACGAGUCAUGUAGGGUACAUGAUGUGGAUGAUGAAGGUUUAUUUAAUGUUGCCGCCUGUGCUUUAUUGGAGCUGAGGGAUUAUGAUCCCAUGUGUAUAGAUGCUGACAGUGACAAUUUAAAUUCUACCUACAAACGUGCAUGUGCAUGGAGUUGGGAACCAGGAAAUGCUAAGAAUCCAAGAAUGAUUUUUUGUGUCGAUACUGGAGAGUUUUUCUUGAUGGAGCUUUACAUUGAUUCUGAUGGCCUUAAGGUUCAGCAAUCUGAUUGUCUUUAUAAAGGUUUACCAUGCAAGGCGGUUUUGUGGGUGGAAGGCGGUUAUGUGGCUUCUCUUGUGGAGAUGGGGGAUGGGAUGGUUCUGAAGCUGGAAAAUGAAAGGCUGGUAUACAGCAAUCCUAUUCAAAACAUUUCCCCCAUCUUGGAUAUGUCGGUUGUCAAUUGGCAUGAUGAAAAGCAGGAUCAAAUGUUUGCUUGUUGUGGAGUGGUCCCAGAGGGUUCAUUAAGGAUCAUUCGAAGUGGUAUCAGUGUAGAAAAGCUACUGAAGACUGCCCCUAUCUAUCAAGGAAUAACUGGUACUUGGACAGUUAGAAUGAAAGUAAGUGAUUCAUACCAUUCUUUUCUUGUGCUAUCAUUUGUUGAAGAAACCAGGGUACUGUCAGUUGGUUUAAGCUUUAUCGAUGUGACCGAUUCAGUUGGUUUCCAGCCUGAUGUUUGUACUUUGGCUUGUGGCCUUGUAAACGAUGGGCUGCUGGUCCAGAUUCACCAGCAUGCAGUUCGGCUUUGCUUGCCCACCCAGGUUGCCCAUUCCGAAGGUAUUCCUUUGCCGUCUCCAGUAUGUACAUCUUGGUUUCCAGAUGGUAUGGGUAUUAAUUUGGGGGCUGUUGGAGAUAAUUUGAUAGUUGUUUCAACGUCUAGUCCAUGCUUUUUGUUCAUUCUUGGGGUCAGAUUGCUGUCGGCAUUUCACUAUGAAAUAUAUGAAAUGCAACAUUUAAGAUUGCAUUAUGAAUUAUCUUGUGUUUCCAUCCCUCCAAAAUGUUUUGAGCGAAAGCAUACAAAUCCACCCUUAAAUUUGGUGGAUAAGAGCUGUGUGUCAGCCCUUCCAUCUGAGGUCGACAUCAGUAAAUGCUUUGUUGUUGGCACACAUAAACCCUCUGUGGAAGUUUUGUCUUUUGAUUCUGAUAAAGGCCUAAGACUUCUUGCUGUUGGGACAAUUGAAUUGACAAAUACUUUGGGAACUGCCAUUAGUGGUUGCGUCCCUCAAGAUGUAAGGCUUGUAUUAGUUGAUCGGUUUUAUGUUCUUUCUGGAUUGAGAAAUGGAAUGUUGCUUCGGUUUGAGUGGCCCAUUACCUCGACCAUGUCUUCAUCAGCAACACCUGGUCGUAAUCCUGCUUGUUCCCUUUUAGCUAAUGCAGAAGCUGCCAACCUGACCAUAUCAGCAUCAAAUGCUUUUGGCCUCCAAAGAUUUGAUGUUCAAUUAUCUGAAAAGACAAAUUAUAAUUUUCCUAUAACUCUUCAAUUGAUUGCUAUACGUCGCAUUGGCAUCACUCCUGUUUUCUUGGUUCCCCUGAGUGACUCACUUGAUGCUGAUAUAAUUACACUAAGUGACAGACCUUGGUUGUUGCAUACUGCAAAGCAUAGCCUUUCUUAUACAUCUAUCUCAUUUCAGUCUUCAACACAUGUAACUCCUGUAUGUUCAGUUGAGUGCCCCAAGGGAAUUUUGUUUGUUGCAGAGAACAGCCUAAACUUGGUAGAGAUGGGGCAGAGUAAGAGGCUUAAUGUGCAGAAGUUUAGUCUAGAAGGCACUCCUCGGAAGGUCCUAUAUCAUAGUGAAAGCAAGUUGUUGAUUGUGAUGAGAACUGAACUGAAUAAUGAUACAUGUUCAUCUGAUAUAUGUUGCGUGGAUCCUCUCAGUGGUACAGUGCUAUCAUCUUUUAAACUUGAUCUCGGAGAAACAGGAAAAUCCAUGCAGUUAGUGAGGGUGGGAAAUGAACAAGUUCUCAUUGUUGGAACCAGUCGAUCUUCGGGUCCAGCAAUAAUGCCGAGUGGUGAGGCUGAGAGUACCAAGGGCCGUCUUAUUGUUCUCUGCCUAGAACACAUGCAAAAUUCAGAUAGUGGUUCAACGACACUAGGUUCAAAGGCAGGUUCAUCUUCUCAACGGGCUUCACCAUUUCGUGAAAUUGUUGGAUAUGCCACAGAGCAACUAUCUAGCAGUAGUCUUUGCAGCAGCCCAGAUGACAACACUAGCUGUGAUGGAAUUAAACUUGAAGAAACUGAAUCGUGGCAGUUACGAUUGUCUUGCUCAGUUUUAUGGCCUGGAAUGGUACUCGCAAUCUGUCCUUAUCUUGAUCGUUACUUCUUGGCAUCUGCUGGUAAUGCUUUUUUUGUAUGUGGUUUCCCUAGUGACAAUUGCCAAAAGUUUAGAAAGUUAGCUGUAGGGAGAACACGCUUCAUGAUUACUUCUUUGACUGCACAUUAUACAAGAAUUGCUGUCGGAGAUUGCCGUGAUGGUAUACUUUUCUAUUCUUACAAUGAGGAGGCUAGAAAACUGGAGCAACUUUAUUGUGAUCCAUCACAGAGAUUAGUUGCAGAUUGUAUUCUGAUGGAUGUUGAUACUGCUGUUGUUUCAGAUCGGAAGGGGAGCAUCGCUGUGCUAUCAUGCUCAGAUCGUUUAGAAGAUAAUGCAAGUCCAGAGUGCAACUUGGCAGUCAGCUGUGCGUACUAUAUGGGUGAAAUAGCUAUGAGCAUCAGAAAGGGUUCAUUUUCUUAUAAACUUCCAGCUGAUGAUGCAUUGAAGGGAAGCAAUGAGAAUAUUGACUCGGUGCACAACACAUUUGUAGCUAGCACAUUGCUAGGAAGCAUUAUUACCUUUAUUCCACUAUCAAGGGAAGAAUAUGAACUCUUAGAAGCUGUUCAAGCUAGACUCAUUGUUCAUCGAUUGACAGCUCCUAUCCUCGGAAACGAUCAUAAUGAGUACCGUAGCCGUGAAAACCAGAUCGGAGUGCCUAAGAUACUUGAUGGUGACAUGCUUGCUCAAUUCUUGGAGCUUACAAAUCUGCAACAAGAGGCUAUAUUAUCAUUUCCUCUUGGCACCAAAGAUACGCCAAGGUCAAAAUUGAAAUGGUCAUCCUCAUCCAUCCCUUUGAAUGAGGUUGUGCGACUCCUAGAGCGAGUUCAUUAUGCCUUGAGCUAAAUAUCUUUCUUUCCUUCAAUUUCUUGUUGCAUGGAAAUGGCUUCACGAGUAAUCCGAUUCAGUAAGCAAUUGACCCAGUUUAUAUGCUGACAUCCUCACCUGUUUCCAAUUUGAUGCAAAGGAAGUGCUUGACUUGUAAAAACGAAUACCAUACAUCAGUCGGAAGAUACUGCUGCAAAAGUACAUUCCUGUUCAUAGUGGGAACCUACUCGGUAAAAUGUUUCACCAAUUCACAUUCUCUCUUCUACUCUGAAGAGUGGUGCAACAGCUGCAAAAAGGAAUGAGUGUGGAAUUACAUGUGGGCAACUCUCUUUUGCUGUAACCUUGUAAUUUAUUGUCAAUAUACUGUAUGGGGGAGAUAUAGUUGAGAAGGAUCUCUAUAUGAGUUGCCGGAUGAUGCUUCUUAUUAUUAUUUUAUUUUUCUCUUUUUUUUUUU